AUGAAUGACGCUGUUGGAUUUGCAAUUGCUAUUGAGGAUCGAUAUAAAGGAAUAAGAGCACCACAUAAGAUAAAAGCAGCAGUAUCGGGCUGUCUUAGGGAGUGCGCUGAGGCCCAAGGAAAAGAUUUUGGUCUUAUCGCGACAGAAAAUGGUUAUAACCUUUAUGUCUGUGGAAAUGGUGGUGCCAAACCAAAACAUGCCGUAUUAUUGGCGAGGGAUGUCUCGGAAGAAACCGCAAUUAAGUAUAUAGAUCGAUUUUUGAUGUAUUAUAUUCACACGGCAGAUAGAUUGACGCGUACGGCCAGAUGGUUAGAAAAAAUGGAUGGUGGAAUUGAAUACCUUAAAAAAAUUGUCAUUGAUGAUUAUCUCGGCAUAUGUGCUGAAUUAGAAGAAGAUAUGGCUCGUUUGAUUUACACUUAUGAAUGUGAGUGGACUAGGGUGGUUAACGACCCAAAAAGACGUGAGGACUUUGUUCAAUUUGUAAAUACAGAUGAAACGAUCGAUGGAAUUGAAUACAUAACAGAACGUGGUCAGCAACGACCUGCAGAUUGGCCCAAAAAAUUCGACGAUGAUCUUGUGGUUCCCGACAACAAAUCACUUACUGAUAAGUCUUGGGUUAAAAUCGCUCUUACAAGCUCCUUCCCAAUAGAAGCAGGUCAAGUCAUAAAAUAUGGAGACACUCAGAUCGCAAUAUUUAAUACACAUGGGCGUACAAGGUGGUACGCAACGCAAAAUAUGUGUCCACACAAGCGCGCAUUCGUAUUAUCUCAAGGGUUGGUGGGUGACGAUGAAAAUGGAAUCUUAAAAGUGAGCUGCCCAAUGCACAAGAAAAACUUUUCGUUGGAUACAGGCGAAUGUAUAUCCGGCGAUGUAGAACUUAAGCUUAUGACUUUUGAAGUCAAGAUCCUUGAUGAUUUCGUUUGGUUAAAUCUUCCACCAGUUCAAGAACUUGAUAGAAUACUUGGAACAAGUAAAUGGAAGGUUACCAAGAAUGGUACUCAUGAAAAGAGCAGAUUCUUGCAACGAUCAGCUAAAGCCAGAAUAGAAAUUUUGGGUAAAAUAAAUGAUGGAUGUGCUGACGUUGGAUGUGGUGAUAAGAAAUUAGAUUGGUAA